AUGGGAUCCUCUAUGCGGAAGAAGAAAGAAAAGGCCCAAGACUUCAAGAAGCCAAAACUAAGAGUUGGUAAGGCUAAAGCCAAGCCAGACAAUUUCACGGAUACUAGCUUCAAGUCGAAAUAUUUCUCAGUCAGAUACGCUGUACAAGGAGUCAACCUGUUGGUGUGGUUAAGUCGAGCCUUUGAUUCACAUGAAAAUGCGUUGUUUCGUGGCUCACCAUUCAAAGCGAUUGUCAUAAACAACCAGUCAUUAUCCACAAAUGCGCCAUCAUCCUCAACACUUUUCUCGCAUUAUCUUUCAUUGGCAACUAACUCUAAGACCGAAACCCAAAGACGAGAUGCGUUAUCAUACCUCACUUCUCGGAUUCUGAGUCUACCCCUUCAUCAUAGCCUUGAGGUACCAACAUCUGUUCUUCUGCCAAAAAUUUUACCAUUAGUCCUCGAUGGCUCGGCGCCUGUACGAAACCAACUCCUCAAACUUCUUCGUAGCCUCCCACCCGAAGAAAUUGGCGAUCAUGCUGAAUGUGCACUCCUCUACGUUAGGGCUGGGAUGACUCACUUAGCAAUAGAAAUCAGAACCUAUGCGCUUGCAGUGUUAGAAUGGCUUCUAGAAAUUGCUUCGGAGGAUAUUCUUAACUGUCCUGGAGGCUGGUUCAAAACGCUCAAAUGCUUCAUGAGUAUGAUGGGCUGGAUAGCUGGGAAAGAAACUAGCAAAUGGACCUCAAACGGAAAAGUAUCGUUGGGAAAAGUUGCGCACACAUUCCCCCGACAAUUGAAUGUAUUGGCUCAAUUUUUAGAGGCCGGAUUGGUUGAAUCAGAGGACGCGAAAUCACUCGCUGCAGAGGAUAAACAGAAUCGUCUAGCUCGGGAUGUAUGCAUGUAUCCAUUGAUUGAUUUGCAAAGGAACAUGAUCCCAACUGAGUCAAAUGCCUUUUCACAUCUCAAUCUUUUCGGAAUUCCGAGAAAUGAAGAGGAUGAAAUGUAUAGCGAUAGGGAGACUAGACGAAGAGUACUUGGAACGAAUUUCUUAACUGCGAUGCGAAUUGGAGUAGGGAAUGCGCGUAAGGAAGGUGGGGAAAUUGGGAGAGCAGCAGCGAUAGUGGAGGAUAUCUUAAAAAGAGUAUUCUGA